AUGAACGAGGGCUUUGUAGAACAUGUCUUGUUUGAAUCGAGCUCGGAUCUCAGCGCAGCUGAUCUCAUUAAAGUAGAACUGCGUGGGAUGAUUCCACUUGAUGGUGGCUACGUAUCGUUUGAGCGCAGGCAGAAAACACUGGCAGUAUCAGUCUGUAGGAUCCAUGUGAUAAACGAUUUAAGAGAAAAUAAGUCAGAAUAUUUCUAA